AUGGAGCAUAAAACUGCAUUGAAAAGACUAAACCUUUUAAAAGGUCAUGUUAACUCUAGUAUAGAUGCUAGAAGAGAAGCAUCUACAGCUACAUUUGAUCUUGCACAUGCUCAAGAGGUGUUAUGGAGCAUUCUUCCAGAAGGAUACUUUGAUGCUCUUGAAUGAGCAUCCGAGCUUCAUGGGCUUCAAGAUCCAUCAUUGCAUUUUGAUGAUAGAGACAAGCUUAGAGAGAACUCAUAUGAUUACUUAUUUGGGUUGAUAAACAAGAUGUUCGAGAAAGGAUAUACUUCGCCAGAGAAAAUUGCUGAAAAUAUAGAUCACUUUUGCUUCACAAUAAAUUCCCCAGGAUUUUUUGACCUUCAUGCGAGUACAAGAUUCAUGUCUCACACAGCUUUGUACUCCAAGACCAUCAAGAAUCUUGGAACAGAAAGGCACCAUGACAUCUUGAUGGAAAGUCUGGCGUUCAAGACUAUUGGAUGCUUCUGCCUCACUGAGCUAGGCCAUGGGUCUAAUGCUAAAGGGCUUGAGACCACAGCUACUUAUGAUAAAAAUGCUCAAGAAUUUGUGAUUAAUUCCCCAACUCAAACAUCCAUGAAAUUUUGGAUAGGGAAUCUUGGCAAAACUGCUCACAAUGCAGUUGUCUUAGCCCAGCUUUUGAUCGAGAAAAACGGAAAACUAGUGAACAAGGGAGUUCACUGCUUUGAAUUCCAGAUUAGGGAUGAGCAAACCCACAUCCCUUUACCAGGUAUUGAAAUUGGAGACUGUGGAAUGAAGAAAGGACUUGACGGAAUUGAUAAUGGCUGGAUGAAAUUUAAUGAAUAUAGAAUCCCAAGAGAAGCAUUACUUAAUAGAUUUGGAGAUGUCACUCCUGAAGGUGAAUACAAGACUGAUAUCCCAAGUGAUGGAAAAAGAUUCGCAACCUCUAUGUCUGCUCUAUCUGGUGGCAGAAUAUCUGUAUUAGCAAGUACAUCUGGUUUAAGUCUUUGGGCAUGCACAGUUGCUUUAAGAUUUAGUGCAGUCAGACAGCAAUUUGGGCCUGCUGAAAAUGAGACUAGGAUCUUGGAUUACCCUCUUCAGCAACAUCGCCUUAUUCCAAAAUUUGCUCAAUCAUUAAUUUUCAUGACAGGAGCCAACAAAGUGAUGGAUCUUUUUCUAAAGAAUUCAUCUAAGUUGUUUGAGCCAGGAAAUAUCCAGACUGAUGUCCUCCACAGUUUAUCCUCGAAUAUGAAAUCUUUUAUAACUCUGAAGUCUCAAGAGACCAUUGCUGACUGUAGAAGAGCAUGAGGAGGACAUGGAUUCUCUUUCUAUUCUCUCUUUGAAAAUAUGCUUCAAUAUAACGAUAUCCACUGCACUUGGGAAGGAGAUAAUCAUGUACUUAGGAUGCAAACAAUGAACUUUAUGUUAAAGAUGAUGAAAUUAGCAUCUCAAGGGAAAUCUCUUCCACAGACAUUGGAGUAUCUUGCUCUUGGACAAUUUGAUAGGCCAAAAUUCUCUGGAUCAGUCUCAAAUACAGAUGAUCUUUUGUUGAUGAUGAGAGAAGUUGCUUGAUAUCAAGCAAUCAAAGCAGCAACAAAAUUAUCGAGCUGAGGACUCCCAAUAAUAGAAGCCUUUGAAAAGUAUCAGCAUUUUGAACUCAAACAAAUGUGUGAAACUUACAACGAUACCUUCUUGCAUGAUAACUUUAAUGAAUUAUUGGCUAAAUUCAGCUGUGAAAAGACAAAGGCAGUGUUUGAGAAGUUAUUCUUGCUCUCAAUGACUCUUACCAUCUAUGAAAAUCCAUCAGUUUACAUGCUUGUUUUAGGAGAAGACAACUUUGAUAAAAUAGAUGAGAACAUCCAGGAUCUAUGCGCACAGCUCAGACCUGAAAUCAUAGAGCUGACCAAAGUUCUCCCCAUCCCUAAUAGAGCAAAUGGGGCUCUUGGAAAUGAAGAUUUGCAAGUUUACAAAAGAUUGGUUCAACAUUUCACUGUCACAGAAGGAGUCACAGAAAGGUCAAAUUGGUGGAAGAAAAUGUAUCAAAACAGAUAAGAACAAC